GUGCGCAUGCGCCGUAUAGUCAUCUGACGGGUGAGCGCUGUGGACUAUUUGCUUUGCCGCUACAUCGAGGGCCACCACCGCUGUAAAACAGAGCGUCUAUGAGGGGCUGUAUCCUGCAACAACAAAUAAACUGUUUAACAAACGAGGAGUAACCAAGAAGACUAUCCAGAGGUUGGGAGGUUUGCAUGAGGUGAAAUUUCUUCUGAAAUGUAGCCGGCAGCGUGCGUGUGGGUUGUUGUAAUCGCUUGGUCGCUGCAUGGCUCUUCACAGGGAUGCCAUGAAAAUCAGAACAGCCGACUGAGAGACCGCUGCUCCUCGCUAUCACAGACACGGCGGUGGCGGUGGCGGCGGUGGCGGCGGCGGUGGUGGUGGUGAACGAUGGAUACUGGUGAGAAGAUCCACGUUAGGUAGCGUUUACGAAGAUCCGAGGAGUGCUGAACGUCUCCGUUGCACAGUUUAGUCGCCGCCAGUGCUGUCUGAAGGAUGGAUUUCACCCAGCUCCGGAACAUCAUCAGCAGAUACUGUGUAGGGGAGGAGAUCUGGGUGGACAGUCGGACGGUGUACAUCGGUCAUAAAGAACCUCCUCCGGGAGCUGAGGCCUACAUCCUUCAGCGUUACCCCGACAACCGCAUCGUCUCCUCCAAGUAUACCUUCUGGAACUUUAUUCCCAAGAAUUUGUUUGAGCAGUUCAGAAGAAUCGCUAACUUCUACUUCUUGGGCAUAUUUCUGGUCCAGCUCAUCAUCGACACCCCCACCAGCCCAGUCACCAGCGGCCUGCCCCUCUUCUUUGUUAUCACUGUCACCGCAAUAAAACAGGGCUACGAGGACUGGCUCAGACACAAGGCUGACUGCUCUAUAAACGAGUGUCCGGUGGACGUGGUGCAGCAGGGGAAGGUGGUGAGGACACAAAGUCACAAACUACGGGUGGGGGACAUUGUCGUGGUGAGGGAGGACGAGACUUUCCCCUGUGACCUAAUCCUGCUCUCUUCCAGCCGCCAUGAUGGGACCUGCUAUGUCACCACAGCCAGCCUGGACGGGGAGUCCAGUCACAAGACCUAUUAUGCUGUACAAGAUACCAUGGCCUUUAGAACGGAGCAGGAGGUGGAUUCGCUACAUGCCACUAUUGAAUGUGAACAACCACAGCCUGACCUCUACAAAUUUGUGGGACGCAUCAAUAUUUACAAGGACAAAGAAGAGCCUGUGGCUAGACCACUUGGGGCUGAGAAUUUGCUCCUUAGAGGAGCCACACUGAAGAACACACAACAUAUUUAUGCUGUUGCAGUUUACACUGGUAUGGAGACUAAGAUGGCACUUAAUUACCAGUCUAAAUCUCAGAAGCGCUCUGCUGUAGAAAAGUCGAUGAAUGCCUUUUUGAUAGUGUAUCUGUGCAUCUUGAUCAGUAAAGCGGUGAUCAACACUGUUCUGAAAUAUGCUUGGCAGUGGUCUCCAGACAGAGACGAGCCCUGGUACAACCACAGGACCGAGAACGAGCGCCAGCGCCACAUGGUGAUCAGAGCAUUCACAGACUUCCUGGCCUUCAUGGUCUUGUUCAAUUACAUUAUCCCAGUGUCUAUGUACGUGACGGUGGAGAUGCAGAAAUUCCUGGGCUCCUAUUUCAUCACCUGGGAUGAGGAAAUGUUUGAUGAAGAGCUGGGAGAGGGUGCUCAGGUCAACACCUCUGACUUGAAUGAAGAGCUGGGACAGGUGGAGUAUGUGUUUACUGACAAAACAGGAACUCUCACUGAGAACAACAUGGAGUUUAUUGAAUGCUGCGUUGAUGGGAACGUCUACAUCCCGCAUGCCAUCUGCAACGGCCAAAUCCUCAGUGCUGCGUCCAGUAUAGACAUGAUUGACUCCUCACCUGGAGGAUACAGGAGAGAACACGAGGACCUGUUUUUCCGGGCGCUGUGUCUGUGUCACACAGUGCAGGUGAAGGAGGAGGAGACGGUGGAUGGCAUCAAGAGGGGCAUCCACCAGGGCAGGCCCACCUCCUUCUACAUCUCUUCCUCACCAGAUGAGGUUGCUUUGGUGGAGGGAAUGAAAAGGCUGGGUUACACCUAUCUGAGACUAAAAGACAACUACAUGGAGAUCCUCAACAAAGACGAUGACAUUGAAAGGUUUGAGCUGCUCCAUGUACUAAACUUUGACUCUGUCAGGAGGAGAAUGAGCGUCAUAGUCAGGUCAAGCUCAGGCGAAUACCUGCUGUUUUGUAAGGGGGCAGACUCGUCCAUUUUUCCUCGGGUAGUAUCUGGGAAGUUGGAGCAGGUUAAAGCCCGGGUGGAACAGAAUGCUAUAGAGGGGCUGCGUACUCUGUGUGUUGCUUAUCGAAGGCUGUCAGAGUGCGAAUACCAAGAGGCGUGUCAUCACCUGAACGAAGCCAAGCUGGCCCUGCAGGACAGGGAGCAGAGGCUGGCGCAGGCCUAUGACAUCAUUGAGAAAGACUUUGUGCUUCUGGGUGCUACGGCAGUGGAGGACAGGCUCCAGGAGAAAGCUGCAGACACCAUUGAGUCACUGCACAAGGCUGGGAUGAAAGUCUGGGUCCUGACAGGGGACAAGAUGGAGACGGCAGCGGCUACCUGCUAUGCCAGCAAGCUGUUCCGUCGCAGCACCCAAAUCCUGGAGCUGACCAAAAAACGCACAGAAGAGCAGAGUCUGCAUGAUGUUCUGUUUGAACUGAACAGGACGGUUCUCAGACAACGCUCUAUUUCUGGGUUGUCGGUAGACUGCCUCGACUUUGGCCUGAUCAUCGACGGAGCCACUCUGUCAGCAGUGCUAAAGGCCAACCAGGAGCGUGCCGGUUCGGGCAAUUACAGAGAAAUCUUUCUUGAGAUUUGUCGCAACUGUAGCGCUGUGCUCUGCUGUCGCAUGGCACCACUGCAGAAAGCACAGAUUGUGAAGCUAAUUAAAGCUUCUAAAGAGCACCCCAUAACCCUCGCCAUCGGCGAUGGGGCCAACGAUGUCAGCAUGAUCUUGGAAGCGCAUGUGGGCAUUGGCAUCAUGGGUAAAGAGGGCCGACAGGCAGCAAGGAACAGUGACUAUGCCAUCCCGAAGUUUAAACACCUGAAGAAGAUGCUACUCGUUCAUGGCCACUACUAUUACAUCCGAAUUGCUGAACUUGUUCAGUACUUCUUCUACAAGAAUGUUUGCUUCAUCUUCCCUCAGUUCCUGUACCAGUUCUUCUGUGGGUUCUCCCAGCAGCCUCUGUACGACACCGCCUAUUUGACGUUGUACAACAUCAGCUUCACCUCGCUCCCCAUCCUCCUCUACAGCCUGGUUGAGCAGCACAUCACCAUGGAGACACUCAAGAGGGACCCCUCCUUGUACAGGGACAUAGCGAAGAACUCUCUCCUCCGCUGGCCUGUCUUCCUGUAUUGGACGUGCCUGGGUGUAUUUGACGCUGUUAUCUUCUUCUUUGGUGCCUACUUCCUGUUUGACAACACCACCUUCACCAGCAAUGGCCAGCUUAUGACCACCAACACACAGAUGAUGUUUGGGAACUGGACCUUUGGGACUCUCGUCUUUACUGUACUGGUGUUCACAGUUACGCUCAAGCUUGCCUUGGACACACACCACUGGACCUGGAUUAAUCACUUUGUCAUCUGGGGGUCACUUCUUUUCUAUGUUAUUUUCUCUCUUCUCUGGGGAGGCAUCAUCUGGCCUUUCCUGAACUACCAGAGGAUGUACUACGUGUUCAUGCAGAUGCUGUCUAGUGGUCCGGCGUGGCUCAGCAUCAUCUUGCUCAUAACGGUCAGCUUGCUGCCAGAUGUCAUCAAGAAGGUCCUCUGCAGGACCAUGUGUCCUACAGCCACCGAACGUGCACAGGAUCAUGAGAAGCUGUUGUGGGGUGGUGUGGCCGAGUUGACUCCAAAGUCCUCUCGUCAAUCCCUCAAAGACACAAGCACGGACUCCUCUCAACUCCACCUCUGUGCUGCAGAGAUGAUGUCACUCUGCAGGUCUGAUCCCUUUUCCCAGAAACUACUGGUCCACUUGGCAGAAGGUGGAGGGGCAGACUUGUGCUCUUUCAGCCCCUACGUGCUCCGACUCUCAGGGGCGGGAUUUGCCUACUACGCUCCAGGGCCGGAGACCUCCGUGUGAACAAAAACGCGAGGCAGGAACUAUUGUAUGUGUGGAUCUCGUGGGUUGAAACAAAAAGUACACCCAAAGAUGUGCCACCAAGAUCUGCGUCGCAAGGAUGAAGGAUUAUAGAGCAAAAUAUGAACAGACAUGUCUACACACACAUCAACCUCCAUGCUGAGUUCACCAUGUGCAUUUUCUGGGAUUCACCUGAGUGAACAAUCCUUUAGGUAGAUAUUACCCUGACACCUCAUUUUCAUAAUUUGUUAACAUCUUUUUAAUUCAGUGUCCUCCCAGUCUCAGUCUCUUCAAAGUUUCUAUCCAAACUCUUAAUUGAAAAAAGGGGAACCAUGUGCAAAGUUGUUUAAUGCACUAUGGAACUGUCCUGUUUCAACCUGUCAACAGUCAGGCCUUUUUAUAGUCCUUGUCGUCAUAUUUCCAGUCACUUUCUUGCCUGUUCCUCCACUUUCUUGUCCUUUUUUUUUGCGUCUUUGUUGAAAACAUUUAUGUACAGUAUGUGGUCUGGCCAAGUAAGGGGCAGCUGUCGAGAUCAGCCCUUUAGGUGUGCGUGCGUGUGCAUGUGCGUGAGUGUAUGCAUGAUUUUGCCUGUUAAUGUUUAUGCGUGACACACCUUUGCCUUACAGGUAGCCACACAGCAGCAGGCUAGGAGCCAAAGGAAGGAAAAAAAGGCAGAAGAGGUGUAUUACAAAGCCUUACACACACACACACACACACACAUACAAACACACACACACACGCCCCUCAGCUGAAAGGAGGAAACGGGGAAAAUCUGAAGAGGGAUGUGCAGUAUUCUUGCCUUCCUGCCUUAAUUCAUAGAUACCGAUACUUAGUGGAUUAUAUUUCUAGGUCAGUUUAAACAUGUUUGUAGGUGGACAGGGAGGUUCAGAGGGCAUACGUGUCUGGUACAGUGUGUCUAUUAUUCCUCUUCCUCUUCUUUUCCUCUCACGAUUGUGUCAACUUUUGUUUUUCUUAUCUGCCAGUGCAGCAUGUCGGAUCUCUGCUGCAUGCUGAUCUGCUCUUGUCUCAGUUCUUCCUUACCCUUCAUUCAUCUCAGACAUCAUUUAUCAUGAACCAUAUCUCACCACCUUUUCUUUUGUUCCAACAAUAAGCAUACUGUACCCACUCCUGUCUCCAUGUGGCCAUGAAGGGAAACA